GAACGUUAGCUAGUAAUUGCGGGCGGUGUUUAGCGAUUCACAAUAAAAAAACAAAGAUUUAAUCAAACAAGUAUCGCCACGAAAGCACGACGACACUCUGGUAUCCUUCCUCCGUAUCCCUUUCUCUCUCUUCCCUUCCAUCUUCCUCUGUAUUUGAAGUUGGAAAUUCAGCAGAAUUUCUUCCCAAUCAAUGACGAUCGAUCAUGCCGAACUCACCACUGACCAGGUUCUCAAAAGGGACAUUCCAUGGGAGACAUACAUGACAACGAAGUUGAUUACUGGGACAGCCCUCCAACUUUUAAGGCGUUAUGAUAAAAAACCAGAGAACCAGAGAGCUUCUUUGCUGGAUGAUGAUGGUCCAUCCUAUGUUCGAGUUUUUGUGAGCAUUCUGCGUGAUAUUCACAAAGAAGAGACAGUGGAAUAUGUACUUUCUUUAAUUGAUGAAAUGCUUGCUGCAAACCCAAAAAGAGCUCGGCUGUUUCAUGAUAAAUCACUUGCAAAUGAGGAUAUCUAUGAACCAUUUUUAAGAUUGCUAUGGAAAGGAAAAUGGUUCAUACAAGAGAAGAGUUGCAAGAUACUUGCAUUGAUUGUAAGUGCUAGACCUAAAACUCAGUACAGUGGAGCUAUGAAUGGUGAGGCCUUGGAUUCCAAAAGCAAAUUGACCACCAUAGAUGAUGUCUUAAAAGGAUUGGUGGAGUGGCUUUGCACACAGCUAAGGAAUCCUUCUCAUCCUGUUCGUGGUAUCCCUACUGCUGUGAACUGCCUUGCUACUUUAUUGAAAGAACCUUUGGUCAGAUCGUCAUUUGUUCAAGCAGAUGGAGUAAAGCUACUUAUUCCAUUUAUUAAUCCGGUAGCCAAUCCAUCUACACCCUUAACAUCUUCACAGUCCACUCAACAAUCUAUGCAGCUCCUUUAUGAAACCUGUCUCUGUAUCUGGCUAUUGUCAUUCUACGAACCUGCAAUUGAGUACUUGGCUACUUCCAGAUGCCUGCCCCGGAUGACAGAGGUUGUCAAGAGUUCUACAAAGGAGAAGGUUGUUAGAGUUAUUGUCAUGACCUUCAAGAAUCUGCUUCCAAAAGGAACAUUUGGCCCUCAGAUGGUGGACCUUGGGUUGCCUCAGAUUGUCCAAAACUUGAAAGCUCAAGCUUGGGGUGAUGAGGACCUUGUGGAGGCUUUGAAUCAACUAGAUGAAGGCCUGAAGGACAAUGUCAAAUUAUUGAGUUCAUUUGAUAAGUAUAAACAGGAAGUACUUCUUGGCCAUCUUGACUGGUCCCCAGUUCAUAAAGAUGUUUUCUUCUGGCGGGAGAAUGUCAAGAACUUUGAGGAAAAUGAUUUCCAGAUCUUGAGAGUCCUCAUCACUAUUUUGGACACCUCCAAUGACCCAAGAUCCCUUGCUGUGGCUUGCUUUGAUCUCUCACAGUUUAUCCAACAUCAUCCAUCUGGGAGAUUUAUUGUCAAUGAUCUCAAGGCUAAGGAGCGGGUGAUGAAGUUAAUGAAUCAUGAAAACGCUGAGGUUACCAAGAAUGCUUUACUCUGCAUCCAAAGGCUCUUCUUAGGAGCCAAGUAUGCAAGCUUUUUGCAAGCUUGAAAUGUAUUUAUCGGAGAAAUGAUGCAGAUAUCAGCGUGCUUAGGCGGAUUCACUAUUUCAUUAGAUAUUUAUUAUAUGUUUAAAUGAUUGAUUGUUGUUCAAUAUCCCCUAAUAAACAGUAUGCAUGUCAAGCUCGUUGAGGCUCGCAAUAUGGCAUAGACGAACAAAUGAGGUCCCCUAUAGAUGGGUGUUUUUUUUUCCCUCUGCGGCAAGGUUUUGCGCAUGUAAUUUUACCAUUUUGUAGGCUGGAUGUAUUGUUUCAUAAUUCUCAUGCACAGCCUAAACAAAAAUAAAGCUUAGUUCUUUUGUUUUUUGCACAUUAUGUAUUAUUCAGCAAUUGAGUGUCCUUGGUGCAAACUCUUUAUUUUACAGUAUAAGACUGGCAUUUAUAAUC